CCGGCUCGACGGAAAGAAGCAGCGAUCGACAAUUGUGCUCAUAAACCUAUUAGACGGUAGCUCAACACUCAAACGUUUGUUAGUGUACCAAAACGUAUCAAACGGUGAAGUGCUUUUGGCUACCCCUUUGGACUUUAGGCACACGGCAGGACGGGGAAUGUCUAGUGAAUGGUUGUGAAAAUUUCAUCUAGCUCUAUGUCCUGCAAUUGCGACUUGUAACGAUUCUAACCCGAUAGCCUGUCGACUUCAAAGUAGAUACAAGCAUCCCCAGUGGAUUACUCAUCAAUGUACUAAUCACAGUCUUCAUUCGUUGGAUACCAUCGUCAGAAGGAAAAAGCGUAACACUGUGCUCCCCACAACAAUCGUGCACUUCACUUUUUUGUCCUUCUGUUGUGAAAUUGACGAAUCUGAGCAGAGUGAAGACCAUUUCGUAAAAUAAUUUUUCGGCGCUAUCUGAGACACAAACAUGUUCAACUUCGAUGGAGAGUUCCGUAGACGGCCUCAGCAAAAUCUCGGUGGUGCCUCGCAGAAAACAGACCGUCUGACCGUCAUACGAAAGGCGCAACAAGAACGGCAAAAACGCGAGGAGGCACGUCGUCAGCAGAACGGUGCGAUCGUGAUUCAAUCCGCCGUUCGUAGUUUCAUACAACGGCAGCAAACGAAGCACCGGGAGCGUGGCAAAUUCGACGAGUAUCGUAAAGCGAACGGCAUACGGAAUGGUCACGAUUUGGAGUAUCUCACGAAACGGAUCCUAUUUUUCUACCAACAACAAACAGGGCAGGAUGGAGAUCGACUGAUAUUUCUUUGUCAAUAUAUGAUCAAAAACCCUGGAGAAACAUUUAAGCAUGUGGCAUCGGAAGUUAUCUGGACAUAUCGUAUCAAGCGCUUACUUGGACUGUGCCUUGGACAAAUUCUUGUUCCAGAUCAUUCACCGACAAUACCGAUGCGCAUGCUGGAAAUCUAUUCAUCCAACACGUACAUCAGCAAACAUCUCCCGCCGGGCGUAACGCCGAACCAACAGCAUCAAGCCAUCCAGCAAUACCUUACCACCGUCUAUGGGCACCUGAUCGAGCAUCGCUACUUUCACGUCGUGAGGCAGCUGAUCGAAGAGAAGGUACCGUCGAUCGAUACCGAUACCACCACCAUGCCACACCCGAUAGCGGACGCACUGUUCGAUAUGCUGCUCCGACCACUGAAACUGGUCCAACCCGACCCACUGGACGCGCUCAGCCGCCAGAUUCUGCAAUCGUUCACCUUCAACGUCCUUUCAUCGACACUGUCCGAUCAGAUGAAACACUUUAUCCUGUCGACGCUCGGGGAGCGGGAAGAUUUCCCCUACUGGACGCUCGUACGGUGCAUCGCGGACGAGUAUCAGGCACAACUCGACCGUCGAAGUGCGAUCCUGAUCGAUCUCACCGAUGAUUUGACGCGAAAGAGUGGAACACCGAAGAAGGCACGACGCAACCAAUCCAAGGACGAACGUCUACGAUUGACCAGUUCGCUGUUAUAUGCGUUUCUUAAGCUAGAUGAAAGACACACGGCCGACAAAACAAAUAGCAAGGUACAGUUCGGUGCGUACCUCAAAGUGAUCGCCUCAAUGAUGGACAACAUAAAUAAACUACCUCGGAAGACGAUCCGCUCGUCGAUCAACCGACCGCUCGGGGACUCGAGUGAUUCGGAGUCGGAUUCGGAGGACGUACCGGCGCUCAGUCCCACCGAGGGUUGCCUGCUGCAGGAUAUCAUCGGCAUGCUGAACGAGAGCCGGCGGGUCGCGUACAUUGUGCGCACCAUCGACACCGUGCUGGACGAGCCGGUGGCCGUGCAGAACCUGUGCCAGAUCUGCCACCAGCUCAUGACGUACAACCGGAUGGCGGUGUACGAGUACAAGCUGCUGUACAUGCUCGCCUCCAAACCGGUGAUCAUCCGGAGCCUCUGGUACACGCUGAUGGCGCACUCAGAUGGCCAAAUGUUUACCACGCCCAUUGUGCUGCUCUCCAAAGGGCUCAACAUUUCUAAAGAAGACUCCGAUCGUACCAUUCCGGUGCUGGCCUCUUUUUGUGCGCUGUUUGGCCGGCUAAUUGCAUCGUUGCACGACGGUGAAUUUGUUCAGGAGAACGUCCUUCCCGGCACGGUCAGUAGCAUCAUGCCUUUCAGCAUAGCGGAACUGAUCCCACUCAGCACCACGCUGAAGGAAAUCUCGCUCGGUCUGGUUGAGCUAGCGUUCCCCGAGACGCGCUCGUUUCUGCACGAAAACUAUCGCACGAUGAUAUCAUCGCUCACGACCGGCACCGGCACGGAUCGAAGCAACAGCGGACGGUCCCGAUACGAACCGAACCGCCAGAUUUGGCCCCACCUGCUCAAGGUGUGCGUUUCGCUGUUGCGCCAGAUUCAUACGCGCGAUCUGCGCCGGUGCUUCUGCCCGGAGGGUCACUGGACGGCACAGAAUCUGAACCUUCCGCUCGAUAAGCCCACCGAUCUGCACCUUUCCCGGGGCUCCCGGCGUAAUCCGCGGCCCUUCCAACCGAUCCGGGAUUUUACCCGCGAGGAUGUCGAGGAUGGGCCACCGCUCUCCACCAAGCAGAUACGCUCGAUCACGAUCCUCCGCGAGAUACCGUUCGUGGUGCCGUUCAAUACGCGCGUCGGUGUGUUCCAGGGAUUGGUGGCGGCCGACAAGCUGCGAACGCAGGGCGACCUGCAAGGAUUCCUGCAGGGUCCCUCGACACAGAUGACCGUGCGAAGAUCCCAUCUGUACGAGGAUGCCUUCGAUAAGCUUAGUCCGACAAACGAGCCCGACAUUCGUCCCAAGUUUCGCAUCGAAAUGGUCAACUCGGUCGGUUUGCGUGAAGCCGGCAUCGAUGGCGGUGGUGUAUUUCGCGAAUUUCUCUCCGAGCUUAUCAAGCUGGCGUUCGAUCCUCAUCGGGGAUUUUUCAUGAUAACGAAAGAUAAUAUGCUCUAUCCGAAUCCGAGCGUGGGAAAAAUUGUGGAAGACUUCCAGCGUCACUAUUAUUUCAUCGGUCGUAUUUUGGGCAAAGCGCUGUACGAAAACCUGCUGGUUGAGUUGCCGUUGGCCGAGUUUUUCCUUUCCAAGCUGGCCGGCAAACACUCGGACGUGGAUGUUCACCAGCUAGCGUCGCUAGAUCCUAUAUUGUAUAGAAAUUUAAUGUCAUUGAAGGCGUACGAAGGGGAUGUUGCAGAUUUAGGAUUAGAUUUCACUAUCGUCUGUGAUGCUUUAGGAGAGACUCGGGUUGAGGAACUGAAACCGAACGGUGCUAACAUCAUCGUCAACACGUCCAACCGCAUCGAGUACAUCCAGCUGAUGGCAGAUUUCAAACUGAACCAGCAAAUCCGGGCCCAGUGUGCCGCCUUCCGCCAGGGUCUGGCCAAUGUGCUCCCGAUCGAGUGGCUUUAUAUGUUCAGCAACAAAGAGCUGCAGGUGCUCAUCUCCGGCGCCGAAAUCCCGGUGGACGUGCACGACCUGCGCAAACACACCCGGUACGGUGGGGACUUUUCGCUCGAGCACCACACGAUCCAGCUGUUCUGGAAGGUGGUGGAACAGUUCGACGACAUCCAGCGUCGGCUGCUGCUCAAGUUUGUCACCAGCUGUUCGAGGCCACCGCUGCUCGGGUUCAAGGAUCUCGAUCCGCCGUUCUUCAUACAGAAUGCUGGCGACACGGACCGUCUUCCAUCGGCUAGCACGUGUAUGAACCUGCUGAAGUUACCGGCGUUCGAAGAGGAGGACAUUUUGCGCGAAAAGCUCCUGUACGCCAUACAGAGUGGGGCUGGUUUUGAAUUGAGUUAAAACGGUGCCGGAAAGCAAGCAGUGCUUCAACAUGUGGACAUUGCUGCGAUGUUACGAAUGGGAAGUUCGAUGGUAAACGUGCUUAACAAUGUGAAAGCAAACCCUCAAGCAACAUAAAACUGCGAAAAUUACGGUCUAUUCUUUCCCUCUUUUGAUGUGAAUAUAAUAAAAUCUGUACCAAAUAAG